CGAGAGAAUGAUGAGGUGGUGAAAAGAAAAUGUGAGAGAGAAGGAGGAGAAGGAGAAGGAGAAGGAGAAAUCUUGGAUCCAAAAAGUUAAAAGCUUUUUUUUUUUGUUUUAAAGUUUUCUCUUACUUUCUCGCUUCCCAAACACUCCACCCUCCUCUUUUUAGUACCAGUGGUAGCAUUUUUUCUCUUGCUCUCUUUCACUCCUCAAAUUCCGUCUCCAACAAAGCUCAAGGCAAAAGAAAAGUAAAAAAAGGAAACUUUUUUCUUUUUUUUUGGGUGAGUUAAGUUGAAAUUCGAGGUUUAAGCCAAUGGGAGCUCGUUGCUCCAAACUAUCACUCUGCUGGUGGCCGUCAAAUCUCAAGUCAAACCUCAACGACUCCUCCGAUCUCGAGAAUGGGAAGGAAGCGUUACCUGGAUUCUGCGAGUACAGCUUGGACCAAUUAAAAGCUGCCACGCAGGGAUUCUGUACGGAUAACAUUGUAUCGGAGCAUGGAGAGAAAGCUCCCAAUGUAGUUUACCGAGGGAAGCUCGACGAGGAUCGUUGGGUCGCCGUUAAACGCUUCAAUAGAUCGGCUUGGCCUGAUCCUCGACAGUUCCUUGAGGAAGCAAGAGCCGUUGGACAGUUAAGAAGCGAGCGGCUAGCAAAUUUGAUUGGUUGUUGCUGUGAAGGGGAUGACAGAUUGUUAGUUGCUGAGUUUAUGCCUAAUGAGACUCUAUCUAAGCAUCUUUUUCACUGGGAGAAUCAGCAUAUGAAGUGGGCAAUGAGGCUGAGAGUGGCGCUAUAUCUAGCUCAAGCGCUUGAAUAUUGCAGCUGUAGAGGGAGGGCGUUAUACCAUGAUCUUAAUGCUUAUAGAAUCUUGUUUGAUCAGGAUGGUAAUCCCAGACUCUCUAGCUUUGGCCUUAUGAAGAAUAGCAGAGAUGGAAAAAGUUAUAGUACAAACUUGGCUUUUACCCCUCCAGAGUACCUAAGGACAGGAAGGGUUAUACCAGAGAGUGUGGUUUACAGUUUUGGCACUCUUUUGCUUGAUCUUCUCAGUGGCAAGCAUAUACCACCAAGCCAUGCACUAGACCUAAUACGUGGAAAAAACUUUCUGAUGCUAAUGGACUCAUGUCUGGAGGGUCAUUUUUCAAACGAUGAUGGAACUGAACUAGUGCGGUUAGCUUCACGCUGUUUGCAGUAUGAACCUCGUGAGAGGCCAAAUGUGAAGUCUCUUGUAACUGCGCUUACUCCACUUCAGAAAGAAACUGAGGUUCCAUCACAUGUUUUGAUGGGCAUUCCUCAUGGAACUGCAUCCUCAAAGCAAGAAAUGUUAUUAACACCUCUGGGUGAAGCAUGCUCACGAAUGGAUCUUACUGCAAUACAUGAAAUAUUGGAGAAGAGUGGAUACAAAGAUGAUGAGGGGAUUGCAAAUGAGCUUUCUUUCCAAAUGUGGACAGAUCAGAUACAGGAGACUCUGAAUUCGAAAAAACGCGGAGAUACUGCUUUCCGAGCAAAAGACUUUGGAACAGCUAUUGAAUGUUACACUCAUUUCAUUGAUGGUGGGACGAUGGUUUCACCAACCGUGUUUGCAAGACGCUGCUUGUGCUACUUGAUGAAUGAGAUGGCACAAGAAGCCCUUGGAGAUGCUAUGCAAGCCCAGGUAGUCUCUCCGGAUUGGCCUACUGCAUUCUAUCUCCAAGCUGCUGCUCUAUUUAGCCUUGGGAUGGACAAUGAUGCUCAGGAAACCCUCAAAGACGGUACAAACUUGGAAGCGAAAAAACAUAGAAACUGAAAGUGUAUAGGUCCUUUUUUUCCUUUCACUUAAUUAUCCCCUGUAUCUUCCUGUCUUAUUUCCCUCUUUGGCAUUUAUGUUUCCUCAGCACCACAGAGUAAUUGUAACGAUUAUAUCCUGGUUAUGGUGUAUGUUUUGUCUUCUCAUUCUGGGCACAAUAUUUUAUGAUGAUAAGAAGAAUGAACUUUUCAUUUUUGAGUUUGACAUC